GAAGCCACCAGGCAGCAAGAGCCGCGGAGGCGGCGGCGCUCCGGGCAGCGGCUGGGACUCGCCCUGGCGUCCGAGCAGCAGGGGCAGCGGCAGGCGGGGGCCAGCCAGGCCUGGGCCCCCCGCAGCAUGGAGAUCGAGAAGGAGUUCCAGCGGCUCGACCAGGCGGACAGCUGGGCCGCCAUCUACCAGGAUAUCAAACAUGAAGCCAGUGACUUUCCAUGUAAAGUGGCCAAACAUCCGAGAAACAAAAAUCGCAACAGGUACAGAGAUGUAAGCCCCUUUGACCACAGCCGAAUUAAGCUACUGCAAGGUGACAAUGAUUAUGUCAAUGCAAGUUUGAUAAAAAUGGAGGAGGCACACAGAAGUUACAUCCUUACACAGGGUCCGCUUCCAAAUACUUGUGGCCACUUUUGGGAGAUGAUUUGGGAACAGAAAAGCCGUGGUGUUGUCAUGCUUAACAGAGUGAUGGAAAAGGGAUCAAUAAAAUGUGCGCAAUAUUGGCCACAAAAAGAGGAGAAAGAAAUGUUCUUUGAAGAUACAAACUUCACAUUAACCUUAAUAUCAGAAGAUAUAAAAUCCUAUUAUACAGUCCGACAAUUAGAAUUGAAGAACCUCGUAACACAUGAAAGGAGAGAAAUUCUGCAUUUCCAUUACACAACGUGGCCUGACUUUGGAGUCCCAGAAUCUCCAGCUUCAUUCCUCAACUUCCUGUUCAAAGUGAGAGAAUCAGGGUCCCUGAGUCCUGAACAUGGUCCCAUCGUAGUGCAUUGCAGUGCUGGAAUUGGAAGAUCAGGAACUUUUUGUCUGGUUGACACUUGUCUUCUCUUGAUGGACAAACGGAAAGAUCCUUCUUCUGUUGACAUUAAACAGGUUCUUUUAGAAAUGAGGAAAUACCGAAUGGGGCUUAUACAAACAGCAGACCAACUUCGCUUCUCCUACUUGGCUGUUACAGAGGGAGCCAAAUUUAUUAUGGGAGAUUCAUCUGUACAAGAGCAGUGGAAAGAACUCUCUAACGAAGACUUGGAUCCACCACCAGAACAUACUCCUCUGCCUCCUAGGCCACCCAAAAGAACCGCUGCAAUGAAAAAUGGAAGGGUGCAUGAUCUUUCAAAGCAUCCAAGGGCUGAGGAGGACAUCAAGUAUGCUGCCAACACUUUGGAAACCAGAGUUCUGGAUGGCAGGGCUUGUUCCUCUGAGCAGCAGAGCAUGGAGAGCACUAAUCCAGAUAGUAAGCUUAGGAAGAGAACUGUUGAUGCUUCACCAUGCAAUGAUGAAAUGCUGAAACCAGAAGAAGAGGAUGAAGAGAACAUCAUGACAACCUGGAAACCAUUUCUUGUCAACAUCUGCAUGUUCACUGUCCUGACAGCAGGCGCAUACCUCUGUUACAGAGUAUAUUUUCAUUGAUGGACAUCCCAUUGGUGGUAUCAGAAUACCAGUAACAUCAGUGGUGUUUCAUUUGUUUCUAUACAAGGAAGCUAAAGGGGCAACUAAGCCUUAUCCAAGCGGAAAUGUAUGGUAUGUUAGAGAAGCUGGAACUUUGGUUAGGGUUUAAAGAGAAAGUUGAUGCACUAGGGUUUAAUAUUUAGCCCUAGGGUCCCAAGAACAUAAUAUUCUAAUCUCAGGGCCUUAAGAUAUUCAGGAGUAAGCAGAGAAUAUGCCAAAUAAGUCUUGUGUUUUUCAUUUUUUCCUUAUUUUUUUAAAAUGGAAUAAUAAGAGUUUACAACACAUUGCCGGUUUUUCUUUAAUAUUUUAAAGCCGGGGGGGGCGGGGUUUGUUUGUUCUUUUGGUGGUUUUUCAAAAAAAGGAACUAGGUAUAAGUGAAAAUUGCCUAUAUUCUCCAAGUGUUUGUAACCAAAUACAAGAUCAGAUUCCUUUAAACGACCACUGUAUGCCCACCCAUACACACCCCUGAAGAAUGUACAGUUUUUUGAGAGAGGGAGCUUUUUACUCUUUGCCUUUUUAAAGACUGAUGGCUCAGUCUCUAAAGAACCACUUCUGCAUAGCCUCUAAUAAAUUUGGAUGUUACUCAGGAGCUCCAGUGAAUGAACGGAGACUAGAUAGUAGCAUUCCCUCCACUCUCAAUUGGAUUGCACCCUGAGUUUUUGGCAGUGCAAAUAAUAUGGGAUGUAUUUUAUUUUUCUCAAAUAGAUUCUUGCUUCAAUAACAUGCUAUAAAUGGGCACCGCUUUUUCUCAGGGCAUCCCAACAGGUCAAUGCUGCAAUGUUCUCCCUCCUUUUUGGACAAAAUGAGUUAUUUCUCUCCCCACUUACUGUCAGUGCUCAUUGCUAUAUUGUUAAUCAUCCCUCGCACUCUUAUUUCUGUGUACAUGCCCGCUUCAUUGCACGAUCAACUUUCUAAAAAAUAUUUAACUUUGUAUAUAGUUUCCUAUCCUUAUGGAGAAAGGGAAGGGAGAUGCAAUCAGAAUGUCCACCAGCAUUUAUAUCAGAUACUUGCUUUAGAAAGGACCAGUGUGUAAGCUUCUUCAUCCUAUGGAAUGUAAAAUGCAAUUUCAUUCUAGACUUACCAUGUGAAGAAUGUCCUAUGUGUAUUCAAAAUAGAAGAGUAAUUUUAAAAUCAUCACUAUUUCAAUACACACGCAACCCUCCUUAUUGUAAAGAUCCAGUGGAAUGUUUCUUAGUAAAGCCCAAGUCCUUCAGUGCUGGGCCAGAUGUUCUCUAAGUCUUUUCAAGUUACCAACCACUGCAUUGGUGAAUUUUCAGUGUUGUUGUCUUUCUUUUUUAGAACAAAGAUUCCAAGAUUAGCUUUUAUUUGGCUUAAAGAUCAUGCUGUUUAGGAGCCAGGUUUAAGGCUGCAAUCUUACGCAUCCUUGAGAUUAUGCCCUAUUGAACUUCAUCAUUCUGACUGUUAAUUCAGAUGUGUAAGAUUGAUUGCUUUAUCUGUGAGCCUUCUACCUCUGCUGAAGAGGAAGUUUGCACCCUAACUCAGAACAAAUCUUUUGUUCCAUAUGAAGUUGAAGAGAGAAUUUGUAUUUUAUUUUAUUAUUUUAGGUACAGCUUAGCUUGACUGACUGUAGCUGCUAAGAAAAGAGUAAAAAUUGACCAAUCACGUGUUUUGUUGUUCAUAAAUAUUAUGAUUGGGGAAGUAUGCUGAUGUUGAUAACCCUCUUCCCCCCUUUAUAAGCAAUAUAAAUAAUAACAAAAGGGAUCCUUGUUACAGAAGGAAAGGAGUACUGAAGUUGCAGCUGUUUCAUUAAAAAAAUGACACCCAAUCUAU